GUCAAAAUAAGGCGAAGCUCACGCGCAAACAUUGCAGCUCCAAUCAAGGCGCAUUAAUCAACAGGAGACCUCCUCUUUCUUCUUCCUCGUCCCCCAAAAACCCUAACCCUAACUCCACCAUGGGCAACACUGAGAAGCUAAUGAACCAGAUCAUGGAGCUCAAAUUCACCUCCAAAUCCCUCCAACGCCAAGCCCGCAAAUGCGAGAAGGAGGAAAAAUCGGAGAAACUCAAGAUCAAGAAAGCGAUCGAGAAAGGAAACACCGACGGCGCUCGGAUCUACGCCGAGAACGCGAUCCGCAAGCGAAGCGAGCAGAUGAACUACCUCCGCCUCGCUUCCCGCCUCGACGCAGUCGUCGCUCGCCUCGACACUCAGGCGAAGAUGCAGACUAUCGGAAAAUCCAUGGCGGGAAUCGUCAAAGCCCUAGAUUCUUCGCUGGCGACUGGGAACCUUCAGAAGAUGAGCGAGACGAUGGAUCAGUUCGAGAAGCAGUUUGUGAAUAUGGAGGUGCAGGCGGAGUUCAUGGAGGGGUCGAUGGCGGGAUCGACGAGCUUGUCUACGCCGGAAGGGGAAGUGAACAGUUUGAUGCAGCAGGUGGCGGAUGAUUAUGGGUUGGAGGUCUCGGUGGGGCUGCCGCAGGCGGCGGCUCAUGUGAUUCAGGGUAAGGAGAAGGAGAAGGUUGAUGAGGAUGAUCUCUCGAGGAGGCUUGCGGAGCUUAAAGCGAGGGGAUAGAUGGAAUGGGGAGCAUCAAUACUCGGUUGUCUCCAAAGAGCCAAAAACACACAUAUCCGAGGAACAAGAAGAAAAUACACCACAUUGUGCACACAUGGUGAUGUAAAAAAAAGUAAGCAAGA